CAGUCCAGUAACAUGGAGACCUAUGAGGUGAGGGAUUCCCUGUCCCAGGUCCCCUCGACUCAUCAAGCGAGUCAAAGCCAUGCAGCACACAGGAAAGGUGGCGAGGAGGGUCUUCUGCUCCUAUCUGGAUCAGCUGGUCAACUCCAAGAACGACAUGGCCCUAGCCCACACCCUUGACACCCCUGGCAGAUCGCUCGGACGUGUAGCUUUUACUGACCUGAAGCACGGAGCAAGAACAUGUCACUCUUCUUGGCUGCGACAUCAUUUGCCAGAGCGGUCCAGCUGGGAGGAAAGGGCUAUGCCCCCGCUGAGUCUGACCUGAGGAAACAUGUUAAAGGCCUGUCAGACUUUGUCCAUUUCACAGACAAUCUGGAGGAGAUAUUGGGAGACAACCCUGACCCAAGUCUAGAUACCAUGCUAUUAACCACACCACUGCUUAUGGAGUUCGGGAGACUGAAGGUCCUGAUAGCAUUGCUGGAUGAAGAUUCUUUGGCACCGCCAUUCAGGAACAAGGCCGUCUUACUCUCUGUGGAUCAGGCUGUUCUCCGUGGGGAGGAGGGGACCUGCAUGCUCUUACUGUUCCGAUCCCCUGAGGUUCCCACAGGCUCCUCUCCAAAACCCCUGCAGCCCCACGUCCAGGAGUGACAAGAUCAACUCAAACCCAAGGCCAGAGAGCGAACCAUCUGAUCUCAGUUUGCCUGCACGUACCAGGACGACUCGGAGCCACCCCUCAACCGCGUGCUGGACUUACCCAGCAUCAUCCAGGGCCCCACUUGUGUGCAACAGGCUCCCAAGUGGACCCUCACUACUGUGGACUCCACCUCUGCCCAGCUCCUCGACAGCCGAGUGGAGGUUUACCCAGAGGCUGAGAGGAAAGAGGCCCAGCGAGGAGGCACGACCCGGGGGCUUGCCACAGCGCUGGGGCCCAGGAGUGGAGCAGGCGGGGGCGGUCUGAAGACCAACAUCCAGACAGAAGGAAGCAGCAAGGCCUAUAAACGGAAGCUGGUGGAUUGUAGCGAACAUUGUGGGUCAGAGAACCAGCUCCCUCUGAAGAAACCCCUCCACCACUGUAACAUCAACCAAAUUGUCAGGGAAGAAAGACCAAGUAAGAAGAAACUGAUUGCCAGACAGGGCAAGCUCACCAGCUUCUUCAGAUUGUAAACUAUUCAUUGUCGUGUUGAAGUAGAUUGCAGUACUAGUAAUGUUUUAUUUAAUCAAUGGUCUGUCUUCUUUGAAGCUGAAUGUUCCUGUAAUCAAUUGCACUUGUUUUUCCCCCAGUGGAGUUUGGCCUGAUUUCAGAGGCUUUAUUGUACUUUCUAUUUAUUUUUUGCCUCUGUUGUGCUUUCCAACAAUUGACAGACAUCAUCAUUUUGAAAGAAAGAUCACCAGCUGUCGUGCGUCUGUGGGAGAGUGUAAUGCAAUGAUGCAGAAGAGCUGUUGAGGCAAUGUGGAAAGUCUGAGAGUGGUUAAAACCCAAGCAGAUCUGUUUGAUAGCCGAUCUGCGGAGGCUUGGCCUGCAGUUUCUCCCUCUUAGACAAAAGGCCCACCGCUAGACACUUCUCCUCUCUCACAUGCAUCUUCACUACUACUAUCAUAAACAGUAUAGAAUUUCUUAUUUUCUUCACCUGAACAAUGGUGACUUUCCAAAUGUAGCUCUAUUAUGUGACCCAGAAUUGACACGUACAAUUGUUUUCAGGUUUCUCAAAACAUUUUUAAUAGUUUUAUACAUGGUUUGUGUUUUAGAACCAUGCCACAGAUGUAAGGAACACAUAAGGAAAGGGUAUCAUGUUUUGCAGGAGAUUGACAGACGGCAGGGCAGCAGUGUAGGAUCCACCACACUCUUAUGCUUGCGAACAGGGUCGAUACACUCGUCCUAUCAUGCAUCGCAGCACUGGAGGGAAUAAAAUUGGUAGAAUUGCAGUGAUUAAAAAAAAUAAUAAAAAAUGUAAGCAUUAAA